CAAUCCCAUCCGAGAUACGAGACACGAGACACGUCGUCCUUUCGAUCAAUAACCAUUUCCAUUCCAACAUAAAUUACAAACCGCCCAAAAUGGCCGAAGACCUCGACACCUACACCCACCUCCCCCUAACCAUCGACCCCCAAAGCAAAUCCAUCUCCCUCCUCGCCUCCUCUGGCCUCUCCUCCGUGCAAACCCGCGCCCUCGAAUCCGAGCUCGCCGCUCUCAACGCCCUGCACCGCUCCCUCCACUCCCUCGACGCUCCGCACCUGGUGCCUCCUCCCCCGAUCCCCGUAAACCCCAAACGCUCCGCCCAGGUCUCCAAGCUGCGCGACAGCGGCAACGCCGAGUACAAGAAGCAAAAGUACAGCGAGGCAGCUAAAUUCUACACGUUGGGCAUCCAAAUGGCACUUGCCCGCCCGCUUUGGGAACCGUCCCAGCUGGUGAGGGAGGAAGUCCAUUCCUUGUUCUCGAACAGGGCGCAGGCGCACAUGUGGAUGCAGGAGUGGCCUGAGGCUGCGGUAGAUGCGGAAGCGAGUGUCGAGGCCAAGAGGGUGGGGAAUGCAAAGGCGUGGUUUAGGAGGGGAAAAAGUCUGUUGGAGAUGGGAAGACUUGAGGAGGCGAGGGAGUGGGUUGGACGGGCAUUGGAGGUGGAAGGGGAGGAGAAGGAGUUGGCGGAGUUGGGGAGGGAGAUUGAGAAGCGGUUGGAGGCCAAGAAUGCUGGUGCUGGUGCUGGUGCUGAGUAGGAGGGACAGCAGCAGAAGCAGGCCUAGAAGGAUGCUGGGAAUGCAACUGGGUGUGAAGUGGAGUGGGAGGGGAUAGCGAGUAUCAAGGCAUCUGGGUUUAAGGCUGGGUGCGGUGU